AUAGAUUACACAGUAUGUGAGCGACACUGGCAGCUUAUAGACGUCUAUUUGUGCCAUGCCAGUCUUUAAAAAUUUAAAUCGCGUAUUGGCGGGAAAGUUUGACGCGGAACGAAACGACGGGUGUUCUUUUUAUUUUUUUAAUUCUGUGUAAAGCUAGAGGCCUUCUUAAUUUUUUUUUCAUCGAAGUUUCAGUCUUGUCUUUGAUGUUUAAAAUUAGGCCGUUUUGUGAGAAGCGAUGCGUGACACGGAUAAUUUAAGGGCAAUUCAUUAGUGAGUGUUACACCUACAGCCGUAUUUCUGUUUGUUUUUUUUUUUGUAGUGAGUUUGUGAUACUUGUGGUAAUGGCUGACAGUGAGAAAGGUGAUGAAUCUGAGGAGCAUACUGAAAAAGAAGAGACUGAGGAAGAAGGCACGGAACUUGAGCUAGAGGCUUUGUACCGGCGGUACUGCGUGAGACUGAAACACGCUCUCUUCGUGUCAGCACUCUGUGUCACGUUGUUCUGUGCUAUUGUGCUGCUCUGUGCAGUGUGUAUACUGCACUCACAUGAACUGUCAACGCAAGUGAAGAGUAUAGCAUCGUUAUCAGUGAUAACGUUUGUACUGUCAACUGUGUUGGCAUUGGCGUUGUUGCCGCCGGCAGCAGAAUGGGAGAUGCUGGCGCUGGUCGGCUCCAUACUGGUGACGCUCAGUAUAGGAUCUGGUACUUUGAUGGCGACGCAUCACGCGCCGUUGCCGCUCUUCGCGCUUAUACUGAUGGUGCAUACGAUGAUGCCGCUAGCAAAGUCCAUAGCCUUGGCCAUGUCGAUAGCACUCACAGUGACCUACGCGGGACUCGCGCUGGGAUUACGACCUGAAGGCGAAGAAAAGCAGUUCUACCAGCAGCUGUGCUGCGAGUUGCUACUACUCAUAUCGGCCAACGGUAUCGGCCUUUACUAUAGAGCUUUGACGGAGCGAGCUCACCGCAACACCUUCGCUGGUACCAGGACCUGCCUGGAGCAACGGGUCAAGCUCGAGUGCGAACGGGAACAACAGGAGAGGCUGCUCCUGUCUGUCAUACCAGCUUACAUUGCUGCUGAGGCGAAACGAUCUAUAAUGCUCAAGAUGGCGGACGCGUGUGUAGACAGCUCCAAACAGACGAGAUUCCACGAGAUGCAUGUGCAGAGGCACAAUAACGUCAGCAUUCUGUAUGCGGAUAUAGUGAACUUCACGCCACUGUCGGAACGGCUGAGCGCUUCUGACUUGGUCAAAACGCUGAACGAACUUUUCGGGAGGUUCGAUCAAAUUGCGCAGGAAAAUCAAUGCAUGCGCAUCAAGAUCCUAGGCGACUGCUAUUACUGUGUAUCAGGCUUGCCAAUUUCACGACCUAACCACGCAUACAAUUGCGUCACUAUGGGCCUACAAAUGAUCGAUGCUAUAAGGUUUGUCCGCGAGGCGACUGGCUUCAAUGUGGACAUGCGUAUUGGGAUCCAUACGGGGAACGUGCUGUGCGGCGUUCUCGGCCUACGGAAAUGGCAGUUUGACGUAUGGAGUGAUGACGUCACGCUCGCCAACCACAUGGAGUCUGGCGGUAUCGCUGGUCGUGUCCAUAUAACCAAAGCUACACUACACCAGCUUGGGGGCAGAUUCGAGGUGGAACCUGGCGACGGGGCGUCCAGAGAAGGAUACCUGGCCGAUCAUAAAGUGGAAACGUACCUCAUAAUACCACCUAAGAAACCAUCAGAAAAUGGCCGUCUAUCAGUUUGUACUGUCGACCGCAAAGCCAGCAUCGUAUCGUCGAUAUACCAGGACGUUUCACCCACCAGACUCAAAGAUAACAUCAGCCCGGCACCGUCCCAGAACAGCUUUAUGGAGCAAGAUCUGAUGCCGAAGGUACUACGAACGGAGUCUAUGAGGACUACUCCAGGAGAUCUAAGUCGCAGAGCGUCAGUCAAGGUGGAAUCAAAAACAGUAGCAUUCGAGAACAACAAUCCCGCUACCAGCCCUGGUGAAGGACUCGGCAAUGGGAUGGUGGUCACCACUAAACCGAAGAGUCGGAGCGGAUCCAUAAUCGGUGCUAUCAGUCCUAUUAUGGGAACAGCAACUCCCGGUGUGCCGUCGAGGUCUCGUCCUUCUAGCAAGAUGACGAAGUAUGUGGAAUGCUGGGGGGCCGAUAAGCCCUUCGCCAAUAUAACGGAUUCAACUCUUGCCAAAAAUAUUGGGAUAUCUAGCUUGGCCAUGAUCGAACAAAAUCUAUUACCGCAAAGAACGACAUGCUGUGACUGUAGUAACAACUCCGAGGGCAUGAAUUGUGUGACACUAUGGUUCAAGAGCAGCACACAAGAGCGUCAGUACAGGAACCAGCCGGACGCGCAAUUCAAGUAUAACGUCGCGUGCGCAGCUCUGCUCUUCACGCUGAUUGCCUUCAUACAACUGCUUACUGUGCAAAAGGGCAUCGUGAUCUAUGCAUCGUUUGGGCCUACCUUCAUCACCCUUUUAGUGUUUGUCUAUUUAUCGUGGUACGAUGGUCAGUUUACCCGGCGAGGGAUGCACCCCCUAUCGGACGUACCCGUUCUUGCUGAAGACUUGUACACUGACAAUUGUACGAAGCCUGGUCAGGUGGUGGCCAGCAACCGUUUUAUAAGACUCACUAUGUUCUUGGUUACGGUACUGCUCAUAGCUGCCUGUUCUGUCAUCAAUUUGUUACAGACGACCGUGGUACAACAGUAUCCAAUAGAUGGCGCCAUAACUAACAGCACUGUAUCAAAUUCUACAGACUCGCUGAACAUAACGCCGUUUCAGUACGUCGAAAUUGACUCCGCACCUAGUUACUUAUACAGUUCGGUCCUGACGUUAGCAUCAAUAUCGGUAUUCUUGCACGUGGGGUUCGUGUUCAAAAUGGUGUUGAUGUGCCUCACGCUGAUAACCCACAUAUCGUUGUUCGCUUCCACUGAUCUAUUUGUAUACUAUCCGAUACAAGACAUGGAUACUGAAUUUUCAAUGCUCCCUUACGCAGCGAAAGCAGGUAUGGCUCUGGUCUUCCUGGCCGCGAUGCUUCACAUCCUGGAUCGACAGAUUGAGUUCACUUCCAGAACUGAUUUCCUAUGGAAGGAUAAGCUCAAAUUUGAGCAAGAAGAAGUGGAGACCAUGAGAGGGAUUAAUAAAAUUCUUCUAGAAAAUAUAUUACCUGCACACGUGGCUCAACAUUUUUUGACUUCCGUCGCAUCAGAGGAAGACUUAUAUCAUGAGAGGUACUCAAGCAUAGCGGUUAUGUUUGCAUCCAUACCCAACUACAAAGAGUUCUACGACGAAACUGAUGUCAACAAGCAGGGCUUGGAGUGUUUGCGACUGCUCAAUGAAAUUAUAUGCGACUUUGAUAAAUUACUGUUAAAACCGAAAUUUAGUUGCAUAGAGAAGAUCAAGACGAUAGGCAGCACUUACAUGAUUGCGUCCGGCCUGAGACCAGGAAAAGAGGAACAGAUUGAUGCGAAUAGAAAAGAGGAGCAUACAGUGGGAAUAUUGGUGGAGUUCGCGAUAGCUCUCAUGACGAUACUGGACCAAAUCAACAGGGAGUCAUUCCAAAGAUUUAAACUUAGAAUAGGUUUAAAUCAUGGGCCAGUGAUAGCUGGUGUGGUGGGUGCUCAGAAGCCGCAGUACGACAUAUGGGGGAAUACGGUCAACGUAGCCUCCAGGAUGGACUCUACAGGGAUUAUGGGGAAAAUACAAGUCACCGAGGACACAGCUAAGGUACUAAUGAACGUGGGAUAUACCUGCGAGUGUCGGGGACCUACGUUUGUCAAAGGAAAGGGUACCCUGAUCACAUAUUUUGUGAAAACCCCCAAUAUUGGUGGAAUUUAAAUUUAAAAUUUUAUUACUAACAAAAUUUUUAGGUAAUUAUAUCAACGUAAUAAUAACAUUUACCAAAGCAUUAAAAUUGUUUGUGAAAAUAUUAUAUAAAUUAUAAUUAAAUUGGAAAGACGAAAUAUUAAAUAUUUUUAAGUGUGUCAUUAAUUAUGGUAUUUCUUGUAAAUAUGUACAUUUUUUUUUUAUUUAUGAAUGUUUUUUAAAUAAAAUAUAGCAAUCAUUCAAGAAAUAAAAUAUAAAAUUUUGUCAAUGGUAAUUUUAACUAUCAAUAUUUUUUAUUACAUUUUGAAAAUGACGAAUGUCUAAAAACACAUAUCUAAUAUAAAAUAAUUUGAGAAUUUUAUAAGUGUAAGUACAUUCUUAAAUUAAUUUUAAUUUAUUUUUAGAUAAUUCUUUAAAUAGGCCUAUUAUGAAUCUCAUAGUUUUAAUGUCGAAUAAAAUAAUAUAUAAUUUGCUAUUUUUAUAAUUGUUAAAAAUACACACUUCACAGACAGACAGACCUACAUUAGAUUAAAAGUUUACAUUAAAAAUAUUAGAUAAAUAUAUUAUUUUUGAUAUAUUGUACAAUUUUAAAAUAUUUUUUUAUUUGUAGUACCUAUCUAUAUGUCUAAUAGAAUGAUAAUCAUCGUAUGACUAGUUUUAUAAUAUAAAAAUAUCAUAUUACUAUUUUUUUUAUUUAUUUAUUGUUAGCCAAAGUCUAUUAUAUAUUAACAUAAUCAUAAUCAAUUUAAGGAUUAUUUUUACAAUGCCAUUACAUGCUAUUACGUUUAUUUUUAAUAUCUGUUGCACGUAUUUUUAGUUACAAUCUUUGGCGCAUUUAAAAUUGUUUUUAUGGGGGGAGGGGCUCCUAAAAAUGUGCAUAAUCCUCUAAAGUUACAUAUGCAUUCUCCGAUCUGUCUUCGCUUAUAACUGAACGCUAAGCACCAGACAAUUCUAUGCGUUAGUGCCCCCCCCCCCCCCCACUCUAAAUGCGCUUUUGGUUACAAUAUUUUAUUGAUCGACUUUAAGCAAUAGAUAAAUUAGAUAAAUUGACUUUGAAUAAUUUUAAUUAAUUAAUUAUUUGUUUGUAUUAAUAAAUUAAACUUUGCUGUUUAUUUAAUAGCAAAGUUUAAUUUUUGAAAUAUUAUAAAUAAUUUUUUUUUACUUUUUUUUUUAUCUUAUCUAAAACUAGUUUGAGUUUACUAUUAUUGAAGUUAUAUGACAUCUUUUAUGUUCCCGAAUUUUAUUAUAACGCAAAACCUUUCCUUAAAACUAAGUGAUAUUAGUAAAAUAUGUAAUAUGGUUUGUUUUUUCAUUAUUACAUAAAUCUAUGAUGUACAAGGCUCAUAUAUAACUAUAAUAAUUAAAUUUAUAUGACUUAAUGACAUAUAUGACCUAUUUAUCAAUGGACUCUAUAGGUCUAAGGAAAUUCACUUUAAGCAUUCAUUUGUUUGCCACUGGCUAUUUACAUAUAGCAUUACUAAAAAAAAAGUUUGGUUAUUUCGAAAAUAGAAUAUUUAAUUGAAAUUUUCCAAUACUGAAACUAUGAUGGUUUUUCGUUCCUAGUUUUUGUACUAUAACAUUAUCUAUAAAAAAAAUGUUUUAAUAUAGAUACGUAUUAUUGUAAAUGUGUAAGUAAAUAUGAUAAUUUUUUUCUAUACGAGUAUUUGGUAUAAUUUUAGCAUGCUUUUUUUAUCACAUUUAACCAUUUAAAAAUUAAAUGGUAAAAAUGUAUAAAUAAUUAAUUAAACUAGAACACGUUAAUAUUAUAUAAAACAAUUAAAAAAAGUAUUUAUUUAGUGUAUUAUUUUUAAAUUAUAUAUACAUAUUUAAUAUAGAUAUCAAUUGAAGGGAUUUCUUUGAGUCAACGUUGAGAACACGAAAGAAGAAAGUAUCUAUGGAGUUUUAUAUAUAUAAUAAACUAUAAUUUAUAGCUAUAUAAUUAAUAACUGAAUAAAUAAAUUUAUUAUUUUACUACAUCAAUAAAAAGGCAUGCUAAUAUUAUUUUAUAGUCAAAACAAAUAUAUACUUACAUACAUACGAUUUUGAUCAUUAAACUUAACUAAUAGAAAAAAUAUUUUUAUAGGAUUAGAGCUCUAAAGGUCUACUGUAUUGCCAAAUAGUAAGUUAUCGUCGUUAAACAUAAAAAUAAGUGUAAAUACAAGUAUGUAAGAUUAUAGGAUAAUUAAAAAUAACUUUAAUCCUUAUAAGUAUUUUUUUCAAAUCAAUUGUUCAAUAAUAAAUAAAAGAAAUUAAUUCAUAAUCCAUAUUAGGUAUAGCAUUGAUAAUAUUAAUUGUAUAUUCGUCUUCAUUGCUAGCAAUAUACUCAGUCAAUUCGACUUCAUGCUGGAGUGAUUACUCUAAUAAUUACUUCGGCAUGAAGUCGAGCGAUUACUGUAGCCUAUGAAUGCUUGCUACGCCAUAACGCGCGCGUUGCCGACUCCUAAAGUUUUCUUUUUACCCCUGUUAUGAAGAAUCCCAUGCAGUUGUCUCUUGGAAAAUCUCAUGCCCUCCCUCCCACCUUCAAUACGCCUAUUAACGUGAUUAAUUCCUAGUGAAUUUAUCACAAUGGGCCAACUGACAUGAUUUCAUCCUCACGUAUCAACUGUCACUGAAACUCUGCCAGUAGAUAUGGUAUUACCCAUGGAUCCGAUCCUCUGGGCAUUGAUGGCGGAGAAUGAUCAUCACCCAUUUCGAUAUCGUCCAUAUC